CUCUUUUCUUACCACUUCUCGGGGAAAUGAAGACACGCUUAGCACGUAAGCUCAGAGAGCGCCCGCCCACUUCUCUUGACCUUUCGGAGGAAGACAUGGGAUGACCCGGAUGCAAAACUGCGCUUCGUUUCCUGAGAGCGGGACGGCAAAAAUAACAAAAAAGCUCAACCUUGGCGGAUUAUAUUUAUAAGAGAAUAAAGGUUCUUGGAAACAUGGCUGAGUUAUUAGACAGUGGAAAGAGAAAAAGAAAGAAAGUUGAAGAAGCUGAUAGUGCAGUUGCUAAAGACUCAAAGGCUGAUUCCUCUGUCACUGCAAAUGAUGAUAAAACUUCAAGUAAAUAUUGUGAUGAAGAUAAAGGAGCCGGGAGUGCUUUUGAUGACAGAAGACUGAAAAAGAGUAAAGUGGAAUUUGAAGAGAAAGUGGAGAAUGUUAUUAAUACAGCCAGUAUUGGGUUUCAAGAAGAUGGAAAGGACUUGGUUGAAGAAGCAAAGAGAGCAACUUUGCCAGACCUGGAGAUAAAACCUAUUGCCACUGUGGAUAAAGAAUAUUGUGACGUGACUGAAAAGGAAGAGGACAGUGCUCCUGAGUCUAGAAGAGAAGAAAAAAGGGGUUCUCAUUUUGACCAAAGUCCUACAAGGAAAAAACAUACAGAAACUGUAGCAGCACACUAUAAUAAGCUUGAAGAAGUUGGAUUGGAACAGCGUAGCAUGAGUCGCAUUUUCCAUCUACGGAAUUUUAACAACUGGAUAAAGAGUGUGCUCAUUGGUGAAUUCCUUGACAGGGUACGACAGAGAAAGCAAAAUAUUACAGUUUUAGACCUGGGAUGUGGCAAAGGUGGGGACUUACUGAAAUGGAGAAAAGGCAGAAUUAGUAAGCUUGUGUGUACAGAUAUUGCUGAUGUUUCCGUACAACAGUGUGAACAGCGGUACCAUGAUAUGAGAAACCGUGGUCGUCAGAAUGAGAGAAUUUUCAGUGCAGAAUUUAUCACUGCUGACAGUACAAAGGAACUUCUGUCUAAAAAGUACAACGAUCGAAACAUGUACUUUGACAUCUGCAGUUGUCAAUUUGUGUACCAUUACUCAUUUGAGACAUAUGAACAAGCUGAUAUGAUGCUUAAAAAUGCUUGUGAACAACUCUGCCAUGGAGGAUAUUUCAUUGGCACAACUCCAGAUAGCUAUGAACUUGUAAAGCGCCUUGAAGCUUCACAAACAGACUCUUUUGGGAAUGAAAUAUAUACAGUGAAGUUUCAGAAGAAGGGAGAUUACCCCUUGUUUGGCUGCAAGUAUGAUUUUAACUUGGAAGGAGUGGUUAAUGUUCCAGAGUUCUUGGUCUAUUUUCCAUUGCUGAUAGAAAUGGCCAAGGAGUAUGGCAUGAAACUAGUCUACAAAAAGACUUUUCAGGAGUUUUAUGAAGAAAAGGUUAAGAAUGAAGAACAUAAACUUCUUUUGCAACAAAUGCAGGCUUUGGAGAAAUUUCCUGCUGAUGAAAGUUCCAGGCUGGUCUCAAAUAAAAAAGAGGACUAUGAGCAUGCAGAAAUGCUCAAGAAUGAUGGGAAAGCCAAGCUACCUCUUGGAACCCUGAGUAACUCUGAAUGGGAAGCAGCAAGUAUAUACUUGAUUUUUGCCUUUGAAAAGCAGCAGUAAAAAAGACCACAAAGAAAUACAGUGAUCUAGCAUCCAAAGUGACAGCUAUUUUAUAUUUUUAUGUUUAAAAAGUGUGCAGGACACAACCAAAUUGGGCAUGUUUACAUAGGAACUAUGGUUGACUGUCUGUGACAGAUGGAAUAUUUGUGUGUGUUUGUGUAUAUAUAGACUACACACACACACACACACGAAAUAGGAAUUGUAAUUUUUCUUUUGGGGGAAUGGUGGUGGGGUUCCUACUUUUAACAAAGGGCAAAUUUUCUGAAAUAUUUAAUGUGUUUUCAGACACAUUUGCCACUUAUAGACCACUUAAAAAACUACAGCAUGGCCAAAAUCACAUUGUGAAGAGAUUAUCCUAAUGUAGCUUCCAUCCAGGUGGUAGUUCAGCUGUUGCCAUACUCUUUCAAUAGCUUGAAUAGCCAAGGAAGCAAGGGUCUUGGUGAUUUAUUGGCAGUGACAUCAGAUAACUAGCUCUACAUGUGGCUAGAGUGAACCCAAAGUUUUGAAGUGGUCACCAUGCAGCAAGUGUUUAUUUGAAACUUCCUGUUGUGAGAGAGACUUGAGUGGUUAUUGAGUUGUACAAAGUUGCAUACAAGUAAAUUGGCAAGUGUUGAAACAGAUGACUGUGGGAUUCAGUACUGCUGCUAUCAAUGGAAAAUUGUAGCCCUCAUUCCAGAGCUAUAUAAGCGGGCGUCUACUUUCAAAGAAGAAACCUUCAUCAAGCAAUUUCAGUGAAUGAAGAUCUGCUUGUAUGCAUGUGAGCUCUGUGUAUCAGGAUGCCAGACACCAUUCAUUGGUUGGGCUUUUAUCUCCAUUCCACAUUGCAGUAUUUUCAAUGUUAAAUAAUUGUGGCUGGUGUUUCGGAUGGAGUGUUUGGAGGAAUACUAAUUUUGCUGUUUGUGUUCAUUUGUGUGUAAUAUUCUUUUGUAGUUAUGUGAUCAAGAUUAAAUAAAUGUCUCUUCUGUACAAGUGA